AUGCCUUCUGCUGCCUCUACAUCAAUCAAGAGCUCUGCCACGGUCAAUCCUGUGGCAGCAGCUGUCACGCCUCGGACUGGCUUCUCAGAAACAUCUGUUGCACAACCAUCCUCGAGGAUGCACGCGCCUUUGCGCAUUCAGGAUGAGGAUCUCGAAGCGGAUGCCGACGGCGACGAUGACGAGGAAGACGGUGAUGACCUCGACGGCAGCGAAGCACACCACAACAUGAUCAACGAGACCACAGUUAAGUCCGGCUACCUCGAAAAGAAGGGCGAGAAGCGCAAGACGUGGAAGAAGAGGUGGUUCGUGCUUCGUUCUUCCAAACUCGCCUACUACAAAAAUGAAAAAGAGUACCAGCUCCUUCGCUUCAUCGAUGUUGGCGACAUCAAGACAGUCGCCUCUGUCGAGCUCAAAAAGAGCGUCAACACGUUUGGCAUCGUCACGCCCAAGCGCACCUUUUACGUGCGUGCUUCUUCUCGGCCCGAAAUGGAGUCUUGGAUCAAGGUGCUCAACGAGGUCAUGACGCAGUAUGCGCAGAGCAGCACCAUGACCCAGGAGAUGGCUGCUUUGGAGCUCGCCAACACUGAGACUCCCGCCCCUUCCUCCACGCUUCCCCAGCAGCCACAAUCUCACGCACCCUCGUCCUUGGCGCCCUCGCAGCACCACAAACGCUCUCUCUCGCAAGAUCGAACGCCUACAUCCACAGCAGUCCCUAUCAAGAUCGGAAUUCCAGGUCAAGGAAAUUUCGAAGCUCCAGCCCAGCCAAGACCAAUCCCUGGCUCUGCUGCCUUUAGUCCUCUCACCGCCACCAGCGACAGCGAGACGGGCGCAGAGCGAUAUGGCCUCAGUUAUACCAGCUCUACGGGUCAGUCAAUCCCCGGUAGCCCCUCGACGCGCGUGGAUCCGUCCCAGUCAUUCCUCUUGGCUGGACAGUCGCCCGGAGGCGGCGGCGGCGGUCACACCUCGGGGAGCGAGGUUAGUGAUAUGGGCGGCCAUCAACGUCGUCCCUCGGGUGGAUACAGAGGCUUCCCGCGUCAGCGCAGUAUCAGCUCAAGUCGCAGGCUGGCGUCCUACUCAAGUGGAACUGCUGAUCAGCCUUCCAGCCCGAGCCUGCAACCCAGCGGUGGUGUUGGCGCUAACCAGGUCCUUAGCAGCUCGGACGAGGAGGGUGAGGACGAGUGGGAUGAAGAGGAGGUUGCUGAUCAGGCUAUGCCCUUGCCAGAGCUAGGCACUUCACAAGCGUCCUCCCAGCAGCAGCAACAACAGUCUCAGCAAUCGUCUCUGCCAUUGCCGGGCCAGUCGCAGCAGCAGCAAGCAUCGCAAAACCAGCACUCGCCGCUCAGCAUCUCCCCUUUGCCGCCCACAGCCAGCGAUCUGAUUCGAGAUCCCAACAAGGUCAUCACCCAGGGCUACCUGAUGAAACAGAGCGGCCGUCGCAAGGUAUGGCGCAAGCGAUGGUUCGUGCUGACCCCCUCGCGCUUGCUGUACUCGCGUAGUCACAUGGAUGCCAAAGCACAUCGCCAGAUUCCCAUUUCUUCCAUGUUGGAUGCCAUCGAGUACGAAGCUAAGAAGGCGUCGUCUGGUGUGCCUACCUCGCCGGGCAUCGGUUCGCCGAGUACCAACCCAUUUGGUCUUGAAAGCAGCAGUCUCGGUGCUUUUGGCGACCGCGACCCCAAUGCAGCUUUUUCGUCAAGCGCAGGUGCUCCGGCGGGACCACCCGAGAAGCCUGAACGUAGAGGCAGCAUGGUUGCCGCCGCUGCCGGUGUAGCCUCCAACAUGACAGCGGGAAUGGUCGGCUCCAAGAAGCGCAAAGAAAACUGCUUCCAGAUCAUCACGCCUAAGCGAACGUUCAUCCUGUGCGCCCCGGGAGAAGACGAAGAGAUCAAGUGGAUCUCGGCGCUCAAGACGCUCAUUACUCGACAGAGGAAUGGUCAGACGCCGAGCGCUACAGGACCGCCGCUUUCGCCGACGACGUUGAGUCCUACCACGGCCUUUCCCUUCUUUGCAGCAACGCCGGGAGGAUCUACGGGUAAUGUUGCUGCUGGAGCAGGCUCAACGGUGACCUCGCCGGCAGCGACAGCGAACAGAUAUGCUGCGUCGCCGCCACCGGGUAAAGCACCAGUCUCCACGCCUGGCGCCACCGGCCAGACAACCUCAACAGCCGGUGGGCUGUCGUCGAUGGGCGCUGCAGCACAAGCGCUCUCCAGCACGUCGGUGGCGUCGAAUCAGACUGCGCCAACAACUCCAGCGCCCAACAACAGCAGCAAUCAAGUCGAAGGGGCAUCUUCGCAGAGUCAAACUUCGCCAGCAACGGAACUCCAUUCCACUCCUGCUGCCACCGCAGCGACAUGA